AUGAAAUUCACCGGGAAUGGUCGCAAGUUUGUUCUAAGGGGAUCCAAAACUCCUAGUUUCAAAAUUAUCAACAACCAAACCUUGACACAUGCAAUUCACAAGGGUGCUAAAUUGUGUUUUUUAUCCACAACAGCUGACUCCUACUCAUUAAAUGUACCAACAUGUUACACUUUGCCAUCUAAUCAGACUGAUCCUUUACCUUCUUCCAUUUUCUUGUUGAUUGAUGAAUAUGUUGACAUGUUUCUUGAAGAAAGUACCCUACCUCCCAUUAGACCUGGAUUUGAUCACAAAAUUUCAUUUAGGGAGGGCUCUCAACCAUUCAAUCUUCGUCCUUAUCGAUUUUCAGUGGUACAUAAGGAUGUGAUUGACAGGAUAGUUCGUGAUAUGCUUGAUCACGGGAUUGUACAACACAGCACUAGCUCGUUUUCCUCUCCAACAAUUUUGGUUUGUAAGAAAGACGGAUCUUGUCGUCUGUGUGUUGAUUUUCGGCGUCUCAAUGAUCUAACCAUUAAGGAUUUUCGGCGUCUCAUUACAUUUGUUAAGAAUUGUGGCAUUUGUCAAAGGAAUGAACCAGAUCUCGCUGCGUACCCGGGGUUAUUACUUAUUACAACCUCUACCGAUUCCUAA